CUGGGGAGCGCGCUAGGGCUUCAUCGGUGAGCAUUUAGCACAGCGGCCGCCGCGGCUCGCAGGAUCGAGCGAGUCUAUGAGAGAAUUGCCGUCUAAGCGCGUGACAAGAGUUGGCCAAGUGAGGAAUCCACGAUGUCUAAGUGCUGCGAUAAGAUGAAUGUCGACUUCAGCAUGGAGAAUGAACCAUGGUGGAGAAAUGUGGUUGCAGAGAUGAAUGAUAUCAAGUUCCCGAUCAACCAAGAGAAAACAAGCGAGCAGAUGGUAGCUGUGCUAGCAGGUUGUAUUGGGCGUGACAAAUUCGCAUCCAAGACGGCAUUCGAGGAGGCACUCCUCAGAGGCAGAAUAACGGAGAAUGAUAUAGCGGAGAUUCACAGAGCGUUGAACGUGACAGACUUGGACAUGGAUGGAGAGCGUGGAGAAUACCGCACACAGAUGGUUUAUACCAUUAAACUGGAACUCUCUCAAGGUCAACUCCGGAAGAAGGAACAACUCCCCUAUCUUCAUCCAAGUUUGGUGCGGCAAAGAAUGGCAUCAUUUGUGGACUCCUUCAACUAUGCUCUCAACACCUUGAACCUGGAGUUGAAGGCUUCUUCCCCGGAACUAAGAGUUUCUGCUGCUAUCAAGCUUGCUGCUGCUGUAGCAAAGGAGUUUCUUGAGAUUCAUCCUUUUGUUGAUGGAAAUGGGAGAGUGUCUCGCGUGAUGAUGGCAGGCAUUAUGUUCCAUGCUCUCGGUAUUCACUUCACCAUACCAAGCGGCCUGUUUUUCGGCUGGUUAUUGCAAAAGAGUCAAGUGAGGAGGACUCCACCGUAUGAAGUGGCAACAUUCAUGCUGGAUAAGUUCUAUGAGCAGGUGACUAGUGGAUUCUGCCAGCAAUAGCACACCUUGACCAAGGACCUGCAGCAUCAAGAUCAUCCAUAAGCUUGGAUCACACUCACCUUAGAGUAGUCGUACUUUAGCUUGCUGAGACACAGUAGCAUGUAAGUGUCAUUUCUUUAACCAGGUAGCAGUGGAUUUUUUUA